AUUAGGCGUGUUUACCUGCGAUGCGUUGCAGUGGCAUAUAGCUAAUCUAGCUAGUGGAUGCUAACAAGUGUCUCUCUUUGCAUUGAGGAAAAAUGACAAAAUCACAUUGAAAGACAGUUAGUUAGAUAAGUAUCGGACAACAUACAUUACAUCUUCACUGGAUUACUGCGCGUGAGGAGGUUCAUCCUUGCAUUUGUGUGUAGCUAGCUUGCUAGCUAGUUAGCUAACAAGCGAGCCAGUCUGCCAGACGGGUUGUUCGAAAGUGUGGUAAAACCAGAUUAACAAGUUUUAACCCUUCGAACCACCACAUGAAAUCCUAAAUAUCUCCAGUCCCAGCCUUCAGACAGGCGCUAUGGAGGAGUCAGACGUGGAGCAGGUGACCCUGGCCCUGCUGGAUUCAGCCAAUGACAAGGACCCGGUGGUCAGGGAGCAGGUCAGGAAGUCCAUACUGACCCUGGGGAAGCAGCAGCCUAACAAGGUCCUGUCCAUGUGCCAGGACUACCUGGUCAAACACCCCAAGCUUGUAGUUGGGCACAGAGUUGUUAUACUGCAGACGAUUGAGCUAAUUGUGAAGACCAAGAUAGACGACAUCAGUUACCCGAAAAUCAAAAGCAUCAUUUCUUUGGCCUCUGAUGAAAUGACUCGAUCAAAGGAUGUUGUACCUGAUUGGCAACAGGCAGCCAGCAAUAUUCUGGUUGCUGUGGGAAACAAGUACAUCAAUGACAUCAUGGAGGAAAUCCUCAGCAAGUUCCAGCCAGGGGUCCUGCCUCAUUUCUUUGUGGUCCAAACGUUAGCAAGCCUCUCUGAAUCCAAUGUUUAUGGUAUGGUGCCAUUUCUCAAUGCCAUCUUGGGCACCAUGCUCCCAAUGCUGGGCAUGACCAAGCAGGACAACAUGAAGUGGGUGUUCUCCUCUGCUCUGUCCCACUUCAGUGAGAGCAUCCUGGAGUACCUAGCCAACCUGGACAAAGCUCCUGACCCGACUGUGAGAAAGGACACGUUCUCCAGCGAGAUCUACGCAGCUUACGACAUCCUCUACUGCAACUGGCUCCAGAGCAGGGAAUCCAAGCUACGACUAACAGUGGCGGAAGCAGUGGGAUCCAUGAGUCACCUGAUGGCCCAUGAUAAACUGGAGGAGCAGCUUCCCAAACUCAUUCCCACAAUCCUCUCCCUGUACAAGAAGAACACCGAGCAUUACGUCAUCAGUAAGAGCCUGUGUCAAGUUCUGGAUGCUUCUGUGAACAUGGGCAGCAGAGUUCUGGAGACGCAGAUCGACAGCCUGCUCACUACUCUACACCAGCAGGUUUGCGCACCUGUUGACUACAGCAACCCACCGACGGUGAAAAAUCACAACGAGGUAUUAAGAUGCUUCAGCAUUCUAGCCAACACCUUCCCAGACCGGCUGAUCAUGUUUGUGCUUCAGAAACUGGAGAACAGUAAUGAGAGGAACCGCAUGGGCUCCCUGGCCGUGCUCCGACACCUCAUCAACUCCUCCACAUCCAUUAUGGAGUCGAAGAAGCUUCUCAUCCUGGCCAGCAUCAGACAACCACUGGCUGACCACAGCAAUAAGGUGAAGAAGAGGGUUGUCCAGGUGAUCAGUGCCAUGGCUCACCAUGGUUACCUGGAGCUGGAGGGAGGAGACCUGCUGGUCAAGUUUAUCAUCCAACACUGUGCUCUCCCUGACACUUACUAUCGUCCAGGCCAGCGUCCCAGUGACCCGGAGGAAGUGACCAAUGAGGCGCUGCGGAGCAUGUGUGACAACACACUUGACCUCUUCACUACGACUGUAGGACGCCUGACUGACGUCCUGUGGCCCAUGCUGCUGUACUACCUGACCCCAGGUCAGUACUCCAACGCCACCGCACCGCUCUGCAAGAGCCUCACACUGCUGGGCACCAAGAAGAGAGCCGCCCAGGAGCCCAACUUCAACAUAGACUUCAACGAGCAAGUUAAUCUUCCCUCUCCACAUAUACUGAUGGUCCGGCUCUUGGUGAACGGUUCGUUCCCGUUCCGGAGUCGUGGCCAUGGUGCACCGUCUCUGUCUCUACUGAACGUCAUAAGCCCUAAUAUCCACCCCAACACUGAGGCACUCUGGGAGAAGGAGAUCCCUGCUCUCCUCAGCUACCUGGAAGAGUCUACACCAGAAACACUAGACAACAAGAAAUGGGAAGAGAGUCUAUUACAGCUCCUAGCCAAGUCCCUGGUGGCCAUAGCUGAUGACAAGUGGAGCUGCCAGCUGGCUAUAGAGGCCACGCGUUACCUCUCCACCUAUAAUCAGUCCCUGGAGGAGAAGAGUUUCCUCUACAGGUGCAUUGGAGUGACUCUGCAGCAUUGUUACAACAAGGAGGUGGUCCAGAAGCAGCUGCAGGAGAUACUGAUCAGCGCACGACACAACGACGCCAUCGAGAGAGCGGGUGUCGCCAUGGGGAUCGGGCUGUGUGCCAGCAGUCAUCUCGAUGCCACUCUGGCCAAACUGGACGACUUUGGGAAAUCUGACGCCUUCAGGAAAGCCUCCGGAAUAUUCAGCCUGCUCAAAGACAAGAAUGACAUGGAUGUAGAGAAGAUGAAGAGCACGCUGAUCCUGUGUUACGGUUACGUAGCACUCCACGCCCCAGAGGACCAGAUCCUGUCCCGCAUCGACUCCGACAUCCUCCGCAGCAUCAGUAAGCACUUCAACACCAAGGUUCUGGGGAUUAAAAUAGAGACCAAGGACCUGACCAUGAAGCUGAGUCUGAUUCAGAGCGUGGGGCUCAUAGCCAAGGCCAUCAGCACCGUCAUACGCAAACAGGGCUACAUGUUCGUCCGCAAGCAGGAACUCAUGGGAGUCAUGAUGGAUUUUAUCAAGGCAGAACCGACGGAUGCCAUGCGGACUCCGGUUCGCCACCUUGUGAUGACGACGUGUGCCAACCUCAUUAACCUGGAGCCAGCGCUGACGGAGAAUGACAACUUUGAGAUGCUGCGGACGUGUCUGAACGGUGUGUAUGGCCUGCCCCCGCUGGACACUCCAGACAAGGACAGGGUCAAAGACGAAGAGGUGCUGGAGCCCAAACAGAGAGAGGCGUUAUACAAAGACACCUUCAAUGCGCUUCAGGAGUUGUUGAGGAAUAUUCUUGCAAGAGACCUGAGUCCAGACGGACUACAGAGUGUAUUCAAGCACAUUGAGGCGUGGUUGAGUUCUGGUCAGGACCAUGAGAGGGAGAGGGCGAUGAAGACCACAGCUCACAUCCUACAGUUCUACUUCACCAGCCUCAACGUCAAAAACAUGGUAACCUUCCACAACCUGGGUUCUCUCCUGGGCCGCCUGGCCCCCCGAUGCACCGACCCCAACCCCCUGGUCCGCAGGGCAGCCAUCGACUGCAUCUACACCCUGCUCUACAUCCAGCUACGCUAUGAAGGCUUCUCUCUGGACUAUAAAGACGACUCGGUGGAGAGACUGAUCACAUUGAGGGAGAGCAUGGACAACCCAGACCACUCUGUCCUCUACAAGACCUGCUCCGAGCUCGCCAAGAUCAUCAGUAAGCGUCUGCCCCAGCAGGAGCUCAACACUCUGAUCUUCAUGUUGUUUGAGGGGCUGGUGGACUCCCAGUCUAACUGCUCCAGAGCCUCCAGUGUUCUACUCAACACCCUGCUGAAGAACAGAGGAGCUGGACUACAGGACCUGGUAUCAGAGAUGCUGGAGGUGCUGCACAUCCGUCUGCAGAUGAUCAGUGAGGAGCAGGUGAAGGUGUCUGUGGCCCAGUCCAUCCUCAUCCUGGCUACACAGCACCUCCAGACUGUCAUCAACACACUCAUCUCCUACCCCCUGCCCUUCGACAGUUGGAGCUGUGAGAUGUGGAUUGCCCUGGGGGCAGACAGUAACCUGGCCUCUCAGAUCAUGGAGAUGCUGAUGGAGAAGCUCAACGUCAUGGUGCCCUACGUGGACAAGAAGGAGUCCAUGAUGAGAGCAGGCCUUACGAAGGUGGCCACCAGUCACCCUCUAGCUAUGACUUGUGCCCUGAAGGAGAUGAUGCUGAACGGCCAGAGCCAGGAGGCAGUGGUGUCCCUGUUCCCUCAGCUCUUCAGCUCCCUGCUGAUCCGCCUGGGCUCCAGCGUGGGGGUCACACUCCCCAAAGACAUCAAUAGCAACAGCAUUGGAACAAACAGGAAGAGCCCCACCAAACUGGCCGCCGGCUUCGACGUGUGUGGGGUAGCGGUGGAGGCGUUGCGGAUCCUCCUGGCCCGGGCCCAGCUGGACGAUGUAGUGAAACCUCUGGACCAGGAGGGGGCCUGGGACAAGAUGAAGGACCCCCAGCAGCACACCACCGGGGUCACCCUCCUAGCCAGGGCCAUGGCCAGGCACGCAGGCCCCCGUCUCCCGGCCAUAGUGGAGUGUCUGUGCCCCUGUCUCAACAACAUCUACGAGUGUCAGAGGGUCACUAUCACAGCCUUCUUCUCUGAGUUGCUGAACCACCACGUGGUGACAGAGCUGAUGAUGAUGGAUGUCCUGAUGAACAACAUGAUGGAGCGUAUCUCUGACCCCUGCUGUACCGUCCGCAUGCUGGCCGUCAGGGGGCUGGGGAACAUCGCCGUGGGAUCACCUGAGAAGGUAAAUAAGUAUGCCAAGGAGCUGCUGGCUGCUAUGAGCUCUGGGAUGGAGGAGAAGGACGACCCUGGGAAACGCAUCACUCUGGAAGCCAUGUCAGGCCUGUCCAAGGUGCUCCUCUACCUGGACAAGAAGAACGUCCACCUGCUGGUCGUCUACAUCUUCAUGAAGAUCAAACCCUUCCUGGAGAGUGAGAAUGAUGAGAUCCGCUGUGCCUCCAUCAUGCUCCUGGGGAACCUGUCUAAGUUUGGUUCAGGAGAGCCUGUGUUCAAGGACCAGAUCCACAACGUUCUGGUUAGCCUGCUGCUGCACCUCAGUGACCCCAACCUGCAGGUGGUCAAGGCAUGUAAGUAUGCCAUGCGAGUGUGUGCUCCAGUGGUGGGCUCAGAGCUGAUCACCACUAUGUUCCAGAACCAUCUCCACGAGGACAAGAGUCUGCACUACGGAGAAUUCAUCAACGACCUCACCAAAUAUAUUAUUCAAGACUUCCCUGGCAUGCUCAACUUCUACCACAUCACCGUUAUCCAGUUCUUCAAAAGCAACUGGGCCGAGGUUCGGGCCAGCGCUGCUAUGUUUAUCGGUUUCCUUCUGGGUAAUCUUCCUGAGGAAUUAUUUUCUCACAUCAACAUGGGGAGUGUGACCAAAGGUCUGGUCAUGCUGCUCCAGGACCCAGACCCAGUGGUGAGAGUCAAGGCAGCUGAAGCUAUGGGCCACUUCCAUUGAACACAAACAUCCUGCCUGCCAUUCAUUACUUAAUUUGCUUUUUCUGUUUUCUUCAUGUUACUGCUUUCUAAGAAAAUGAUAUGGUACUUUACAUGUUGACAGUGGAACUUGAAUUAGUCCUUGAAAGUAUGUAUUAGUGACCAAAGACUAUACCUCCAUGUAUAGAAAAACAUUCAUAGCACUUUGGAGCAGUAUAAUGAAAUCUGUUGAAAUGUUUGGAAUUUCUCUUUAGCGCAUUCAGAGAAUGUUGACCAUGUGUUAGGGUUAGGCCAAUGGGUCUGACGGCCGCUGAUCUUUGUGUUUAGCUGAAUUCCAAAUCGAGCCCUAUCCCCUCUUCCCUAGGCACUCCUGUAGACCUGAAGGGAUUGGAAAGGUAGAGGCAAUAUGCUAGUUACUUCCUUCAACUUUGCCUCCUGAUGGUAUUUACCUGCUGGAUGGAAUUUCCACCAUAUUGGUUAUAGCUAUCCAUCCCCUUCAGGUCAAGAGGAGGGGCUAGAGGGGAGGGGCUAGGGGUUGAUUUGGAAUUUAGCCUUUCUGUGCUGUGAGCCUCCAGCCUCCACCCUAUUUAUUCACACUAGUCUAGUGGAUCAACUACCUAAACACACAAGUAGGGCUGGCACUAUUACCGUGUAACCGGCGGUUAUGGAUGAAGACAGUCAUGAAAAUAAAAUAACCGCCAUUACCGUAAAAAAUAAAAUAAAUGUUGUUUUGUUGAACGAACAGCUGACUGAAGACUGGACCGCCGGGCAUUCGUGGGGUUGAUUCCAUUUCUGCUGCAACAUGGACUCUUAACAACAUGAUUAAACUUUGUUGUAAUGUA